AUGAAUCGUUCCAUUUUUUUACUUUUACUUCUGGUCAUUCAAAUUGCUGCCCACCGCUUGUCAGCCCGUGAGAACCGUAUUCUCCGCGCGAAUUGCGGCCGAUACGUGGAAGGAUUCACUUCGUUGGACGGCGGAAACAAGGACGCGCAGGAAGAGUGGAAAGUGCUGUACGGAGAUAAAGUCAAGCUCGGAGAGGCCCCGUGGGCUGUUUCUCUGGCGAUGAAAAAGAAGAGUGGUUCCGGAGAUGUUGAAGAGUACGUUCAGCACGGAACGGGCACACUCAUCUCCCCGUGGCACAUUGUCAGCGCCGCGCAUCUCGUCGGAAUCAGCGAGGAUCCGAUGCCAGAUUGCGACACUGGCGAAAUGAAGGACGCUCACUUUCUGAGGAACUUCAAAGACUUCGUCGCCUUCAUCAAUGUGACCUGUGCGACUCCGGAAACGUGUAAACAGCUUGGAAAGAACGAAAUCUUCGAGCCAAUUCAAGUGAAAGCGGUAAGAAAGGAAGUAGUCAGAACGGGCAAAUCAGUUGACAUUUGCAGCUCUACAUCCGAAAUGGCUACGUUGGAGACGGCUGCAUCGACAGGGAAUCCUUCAACGAUCUGGCCGUAUUCGAACUGGAAAAACCAGUCAAGUUCUCAAAGAACAUCUUCCCCGCGUGUAUUCCUUCUUCUCCGACUACUCCCAAGAAAGGAGACACUGGGUACAAGCUCUAUGGAUACGGAAGAGAUCGUGAGCUCGCUCGGUCGAUUACUCCUUUUCAAGCUCUCUAUUUCAGCAGCCAAUAAACAAAUGGAAACCGGAGUGCUCAAGUCUCUCAAUUCCUUCGUCACCGAUUGCUCCGACGAUUUUCCUUAUGGCGGCGUCUUCUGCACUUCCGCCAACAACAGAGGACUGUCCUGCGAUGUGAGAGCGUUUCCACUGAGCUCUCUUCUUCACUAGUUCACAAGUCUUUCAGGGCGACAGUGGUUCGGGAGUCGUCCGCACCGCUUCCACUCGUGACGUCGAGGAACUUGUGGGCGUUCUAUCUGCCGGAAUGCCCUGCCCCGAACUAUACGACACGCACAACCGGGAGAGGAAGAGGAACAAGAAGUUGACCCAGGAGACCGAUCUGCUCGUCGACGUCGCCCAGCAUCUGGAGUUCUUCUGCAAGUGCUGCGGCAUUUGCUAA